AUGCGCCUCUGGGUUGGAGGACAAGCUGCACUAAUGAAACUAAAACGUUCGUUGCUGUUUCAUUGUAACUGGAAAUUCUUUGCUCGAGCAGAUGGCUAUAGCGAUGAUGACGAGGCGGUACAGGCGCUAGAGGGUAGGGAUGAAGACACAAGCUACGAAAAUACUUAUCUUUCUCAGGACACCGGGGAAAAAUCCAACGCCGAAGAUCCUGACUCCAAUGAUGGUGACUCGCCUAGCAACGAUGAGCCAGAUGAAUCUUCUGACAGUUCAUCGGGAGAUGAAGUCCAAACAGUCGAAGAGGAAUACUCUAGUUCCAAUGACGAUGAUCAAUCCUCAGGUGAUGGUCACGUGUUCGAUGAACCAAAUGAAGAUGCAGAGAGACCUGAAGAGGAGGACUUAUCUGAAAUUGAAGGAUCUGGCUUCCAUGACGUUGAUUCAUUCCCCAAUACUGAGUCAGAUGAAUCGUCUGACAGUUCAUCGGGAGAUGAAAAACAUACGGCGGAAGAAGUUGCUAACUCCAGUGAAGCCCCUGGUUCUAGUCCAGAUGACAGGUCGAGUGAGAGCGAAGUGGAUGGCGGACCCCAGGUAGAUGAAUCCGAAACAGGUGAAGCCGUAAACGCCGAAAAAGAGGAACGAACAGUUUCAAAGAAGCAGUUUAUUCCUGGUAUCCCGGGCGAAUGUACCGCCGAUGAUUAUGACGGGAAACUUCACGGUCUACAAAUUGCUACUUAUCAGAUACAAAUGGAAUCAUCAGUCAGCAGUUCCCAGUUGUUCGCUCAAUUAAAGAAGCCAAACACACACGGCAAUAACUGCAGAUUCAACGGAUACUUGCAAUAA